UAUUUCCGCCAUACAAGUUUCCCCGGGAAGACGCUUUGGCGCGGAAUCUGUUGUUGUGACCGAAGAAUUCGUGCAAACAUUGAGAGUCUGCUCAGGUAGACAAAUGGCUCCGGUUUCAAAUACCGACAAAGACAUGGACAGUCCAACCACUGAUUCUGGGGAUGGCUGCGGCCUUGCUGCUACACGCUCCAGGAGGGAGAAGAGGGAGAAAGUUGGGCGCAAAUCAGCCUUGGAGCAGCUGAAAAGGGCCAAGAAGGGAGAGAAAGUGAAGUAUGAGCUGGAGGAGUUUGAGAAUGUGUAUGAAGAAGUGGAUGAGGCUCAGUAUUCGCGCAUGGUGCGAGAGCGACAAGACGAUGACUGGAUCAUUGACGAUGACGGGAUGGGCUAUGUAGAAGACGGAAGAGAGAUCUUUGAUGAAGAGCUCGCUGAUGACGCUCUGAAUCAGAAUGCUAAAGGAAAAGCAGGGGGUAAAGCUGGAGAUGCCAAAGACAAAAAGAACAUGAAGAAAGUAUCCCUGGCCAAACCCAACAGCAUCAAGAGCAUGUUUAUGAACAGCAACGUGAAGAAGCCAGCUGAGAAAGAUGUUGAUCUGUCCAAAGAUGACUUAUUGGGUGACCUUUUGCAAGACCUGCAUUCAGAGAAACCAGCCCUCCUCACGCCCCCGCCUGUUGUCACACUGAAGAAGAAGAAAACAAUGGGGUCCCCCAUGAACCCCUUCUCCGUUAGGCCUCAACCCCCAAAGGAGAUGCUGCCUGCUCCAGGGUCAAAGGUGAAAUCAUCAGUCUCUGCGGCACCAUCAGCCCCGGCAAGAAAGCCUCAACCCCAGGCCCCCAAACCAGCCCCUCUGGCCAAAGCCAUUAAAGUGGAGGAUCCAGAUCCAGAGGAAGAAGAGGAAGAGCCGCUGCAGUUUGACGAGGUGGACUUUGAUGAGCCGAUGGAGGUGGGUGACGAGGAUGUCGCAGAAGCAGUAGUGAAGACGGAGGCCAAAGCCAAGCCCGAGGUCAAACCCGCCGUGAAGGUCGAGCCCAAGAGUGAACUGCACGAUGCUAUGCUCAUCUCGGACGUAACGGGAGGCUGGGAGAAGAUGGAGGAGGACGAGGGGGCCAGCGAGGCCCCUGUGGAGGUGCAGGUGGACGCCAGUCAGCUCCCCCUGGUGGACGGCCCCGACGGGGACAAGGUGUUCCGCUUCUACUGGCUGGAUGCCUUCGAGGACCAGUACAGCCAACCAGGUGUGGUGUUCCUGUUCGGCAAGGUGUGGAUCGAGUCAGCCCGAGCCCACGUGAGCUGCUGUGUGGCGGUGAAGAACAUAGAGAGGACCAUGUACCUUCUCCCCAGAGAACACAAGGUUAAUUUGGCCACUGGGGAGGAGACAGACCAGCCAGUGGGCCUAAUGGAUGUCUAUCAGGAGUUCAGCAGUCUCUCAGAGAAGUUUAAGAUCAUGAAGUUCAAGUCCAAGAAAGUGGAGAAGAGCUACGCCUUUGAGAUCCCAGAUAUUCCCACGCAAAGCGAAUACCUGGAGGUGAGGUACUCGGCUGAGAUGCCCGCAUUGCCUUCUGACCUGAAGGGCUCCACGUUCUCCCACGUGUUUGGUUCCAACACGGCCAGCCUGGAGCACUUCCUCCUCAGCAGGAAGAUCCGUGGACCCUGCUGGCUUGACAUCAAAACCCCACAGCUGACCAAUCAGGCGCUGAGCUGGUGUAAGGUGGAGGCUGUGGCUCUGAAGAGUGAGCUGGUUUGCGUGGUGAAGGACCUGUCCCCUCCCCCCCUCGUCGUCAUGUCCCUCAGUCUGAAAACGGUGCAAAACCCCAAGACCCAUCACAACGAGAUUGUGUCGCUGGCUGCUCUGGUCCAUCACCAGUUUCCCCUGGACAAGGCUCCGCCCCGGCCGCCGUUCCAGACGCACUUCUGCGUGAUCAGCAAACCGAAUGACUGCAUCUUCCCGUAUGACUUCAAAGAGGCCGUGAGGAAGAAGAAUGCCAAAGUGGAGAUUGCAGGAACAGAGCGAGCGUUGCUGGGAUUCUUCCUGGCAAAGAUGCACAAGAUUGAUCCUGAUGUUUUGGUGGGUCAUGACAUCUUGGGUUUUGACCUGGAAGUACUCCUGCAGAGGAUCAGCUUUUGCAAGGUACCUCAUUGGUCGAAGAUCGGACGUCUGCGUCGGGCCAACAUGCCGAAAUUGGGGGGUCGUAGUGGCUUUGCAGAGAAGAGCGCCACGAGUGGGCGCUUGGUGUGUGACGUCGAGAUCUCAGCCAAGGAGCUGAUUCGCUGUAAGAGCUACCAUCUGACGGAACUGGCGUCCCAGGUGUUGAAGAUGGAACGUGCUGUGAUUCCUCAGGAGAACAUUCGGAACUUCUACGGUGACUCCCCUCACCUGCUGUACGUGCUGGAGCUCACCUGGAUGGACGCGAAGCUCAUCCUGCAGAUCAUGUGCGAGCUCAACGUCCUGCCACUCGCCCUGCAGAUCACCAAUAUCGCUGGAAAUGUCAUGUCUCGUACCCUGAUGGGCGGGCGAGCAGAGCGCAACGAGUUCCUGCUGCUCCACGCCUUCCACGAGAAGAACUACAUCGUUCCAGACAAGCAGUUCUUCAAGAAGCCCCAGCACGACCUGGCUGGGGAUGAAGACGAGGAUGGAGCAGGUAAAGGGGCUCCAAAGAAGGUGAGGAAGAAGGCUGCAUAUGCCGGAGGACUGGUGUUGGAUCCCAAAGUGGGUUUCUAUGAUAAGUUCAUCCUGCUGCUGGACUUCAACAGUCUGUACCCCUCCAUCAUCCAAGAGUUCAACAUCUGCUUCACCACCAUCCAGAGAGUGGCUUCUGCCAUGCGCAAGAAAACACAAGAGGAGGAGGACGCAGAUGAGAUUCCUGAGAUUCCGGACUCUGACUUGGAGAUGGGAGUCCUUCCCAAGGAGAUCCGUAAGCUGGUGGAGCGCCGUCGGCAGGUCAAACAGCUGAUGAAGCAGCCAGACCUCAACCCUGACCUUCACAUGCAGUAUGACAUCAGACAGAAGGCUCUGAAGCUGACGGCCAACAGCAUGUACGGCUGCCUGGGCUUCUCCUACAGUCGCUUCUAUGCCAAACCUCUGGCCGCCCUGGUCACGCACAAAGGCAGAGAGAUUCUGAUGCACACCAAAGACUUGGUGCAGAGGAUGAACCUGGAGGUCAUUUAUGGAGACACGGAUUCCAUCAUGAUUAACACCAACAGCACCAACCUGGACGAAGUCUACAAACUUGGCAACAAGGUGAAGAGUGAGGUGAACAAGCUGUACAAGCUGCUGGAGAUUGAUAUCGACGGCGUGUUCAAGUCGCUGCUGCUGCUGAAGAAGAAGAAGUACGCGGCGCUGAUGGUGGAGAACCACGGCGACGGCCGCUUCACCACCAAGCAGGAGCUCAAGGGCCUGGACAUCGUGCGCAGGGACUGGUGCGGCCUCGCCAAGGAGUGCGGCAACUACGUGAUUGGUCAGAUUCUGUCUGACCAGAGCCGAGACACCAUCGUGGAGAACAUCCAGAAGCACCUGAUCGAGGUGGGCGAGAAGGUGGCCAGUGGCGAUGUGCCUCUCAACAUGUUCGAGAUUCACAAGGCUCUGACUAAAGACCCUCAGGACUACCCCGAUAAGAAGAGUCUUCCCCAUGUGCACGUGGCUCUGUGGAUCAACUCUCAGGGGGGCAGGAAGGUCAAAGCUGGGGACACGGUCUCCUACGUCAUCUGUCAGGACGGUUCUAACCUGGGGGCGAGCCAGCGAGCCUACGCCCUGGAGCAGCUCCAGAAGCAGGACGGCCUCACCCUGGACACGCAGUACUACCUGGCCCAGCAGGUGCAUCCUGUGGUGGGCCGCAUCUGCGACCCCAUCGAGGGCAUCGACGGUGUGCUCAUCGCUACCUGGCUAGGGCUGGACCCCGGUCAGUUCCGGGCUCAGCAGCGGCAGCAACGGGAGGAGGAGACGGACGGCCUGUUGGGGGCGCCAGCGCAGCUGACGGACGAGGAGCGUUACCGUGACUGCGAGAGGUUCUCCUUCACCUGCCCCCAGUGUGGCACCGAGAACAUCUACGACAACGUCUUCGAAGGAGCGGGCACGAUGAUUGAGCCGAGUCUGCUGCAAUGCUGCAAGGUGUCCUGUGGGGGGCGCCCUGUGGACCACCACACCCAGAUCAGCAACAAGCUGCUGCUGGACAUCCGCCGCCACAUCAGGAAAUACUACAGCGGCUGGCUCCAUUGUGAGGACCAGGCUUGUCCCCAUCGCUCGCGUCGGCUGCCCAUCUUCUUCUCCCGCAGCGGCCCAGUGUGCCCCAGCUGCUCCAAGUACACACUCAGGCCAGAGUAUUCUGAGAAGGCCCUGUACAACCAGCUGAGCUUCUACAGGUUCAUCUUUGAUUGGGAUUACGCCUUCAACAAGGUCCUCACAUCAGAAGACAGAGCGAUAGCGAAGGGCCGCUGGGCGCUGGAGCGUCAGGCGUAUAAGAAGCUAAAGGACGUGGUGGACCGCGCCCUCGCCUCCAGCAGCUACUCGGAGGUCAACCUGGCCAAACUCUUCCAGGCCUUCACCGCUCUCAAGUAGCACCGCUGCGUCUCUCCCCCUCCCCCCCCCCUCUCCCCCUCUCUCUAUCUCUCUCUUCCUCUAUCUCUCUUUCUCUCUGUCCCUCCCUCCCUCUCUCUCCCAAACGUGUGGGCACCAGGCCUGAUGUGCGGGUCUGGACUCCCAAGCCUGCUUUUACCUCAUGCUGGUGAGACUCAAAAAAUCAGAAAGCUCACCACUCUUGUGCUGUCACCUCAGGUUUAAAAUUCUGUCUAUGUAUAUAACAAAAGUUAUAAAAAAAGUUUCCAUUUAAAGGACUGGGUGCUAUUUUUAUUGAUGAAACGUCUCAACAAAGCCUCCCUUAAUCCCUUUCAUUUUAUAGAACCGACCCCAUGAGGUUUGAGUAGAAUGACUCCAGUUCUCGGCCAGUAUCUAAUCUGAAUUAGGUCAUCCUUGAGUGCCGUGGACUAUUAACCAGCCGUGGCAUUACCCUCUCCUUUUGUGUUAUUUAAGGAACUGCAUAGUAUGACCACGUUCGGACGAGGCACAUGUGAAUACGCUUGGGGGUCGCAGGUCAUGUUCUAAUGGCGGCUGGGUGCGUAAUGACCACAUCUCCAGCCAUCUUGGGCUAUUUGAGUCCAAAUCAAUCACCUUGACCCCCCCCCCCCCCACGUUCUCAUCGUCCGUCUAGUUCUUCUCACCCGUCUCUCUUUAAUCGGCGACGAUUCCCUGGCGAAACUGGCUCGUCAUGAGAGGAUAAAGACCCUCUCAGGUGGACCCCCUCCGCAUCACCCGUGUCACAAAAAAAACCCUAUGCACUUUCCCCCCUACACACACACACACACCCCUACGUACCCCGGGAGUGUCCAAGGGAAUAUCAAUCACGACUAAGUUACGGGCAGAUUGGAGCUCGCGGGCCUGCUUGAUGGGAUCUGUGGAUCCCUGCCCUGUAAUGACAUCUCUCAUCACAUAACCCCCCCCCCCACACACACACACACACACACACACACACACACACACACACACACACACACACACACCACUACCACUACAACCCCAGUCCCAUUCACUGGCCAGCAAUUAGCCAAUGACACAUACAAUACCCACAAUGCCUUUGAUUCUGGAGAUGUUUCUUCCAAUUUUACUGUGAUUGGACCCUUGUUUGAAUGAGUCUCGUUUGAUGCCUUUGGGCUUUUUGACUAAAGGCAGAGGAGUGACUAGCUGGAGAGGAUUGAGGUGGUGGCAUUUGGGUGGUCUCUAUGGUCCAGCAGGUGUCUGAAGUCAUAUCUAUGUCAUGUAUAAGUGUGUUAAGUUAGCCCUUUGUUGCUUUUGUGGGAGGAGGUUUUAAUGUCGUGUGCAUUUAAUGUCUGCAAUGUUUUGUCCAUUUCUACAUUUAUGUCGCUGAUUUGUCUUUGUUUAUUCUGUAGUAACCAGAUUGUGUUGAUAAAUUGUGUAAUAUGUUUUGAUAUAUGAACUUAAAUAAAAAUGGUUAGUAUUG